GCGCUCACUCGCUGUGUUCCCGUCGGUCCCAGUCCGUUCAGCUCAGAGGAACAGGGAUCCAGCGGAAGCUGUACUGAGGAGAACUGUUCAAGCUAAAGCUACAGAGCUGAAAUGAGUUUCCUUGGAGGUCUGUUUGGCCCAGUGUGUGAAAUCGAUGUCAUUCUGAACGAUGCUGAAAGCAGAAAAACAGCCGAGCUGAAGACUGAAGAUGGGAAAUUGGAGAAGCAUUAUUUGUUUUAUGAUGGAGAAUCAGUUUCAGGAAAGGUAAAUAUCAAUGUGAAACAAACAGGCAAAAGGCUUGAACAUCAGGGAAUUCGCAUUGAGUUUGUAGGACAGAUCGAGCUCUUCAGUGAUAAAAGCAAUACUCAUGAGUUUGUAAACCUUGUAAAGGAGCUUGCUCUGCCCGGAGAGCUGACACAGAACCGCAGCUAUGACUUUGAGUUCAUGCAGGUGGAAAAGCCAUACGAGUCUUAUGUUGGAGCGAAUGUGCGAUUGAGGUAUUUCCUUAAAGUUACAAUUGUGAGGAGGCUGUCUGAUUUGGUAAAGGAGUAUGACCUCAUUGUGCAUCAGCUGGCCUCCUACCCUGAUGUCAACAACUCUAUCAAAAUGGAAGUGGGCAUUGAAGACUGCCUGCAUAUAGAGUUUGAAUACAAUAAGUCCAAGUAUCACCUCAAAGAUGUAAUUGUGGGUAAAAUCUACUUCUUACUUGUACGGAUUAAAAUCCAACACAUGGAGCUUCAGUUGAUCAAGAAAGAAAUGACGGGAAUUGGGCCGAGCACAACUACUGAGACCGAGACUGUGGCUAAAUAUGAGAUUAUGGAUGGAGCACCAGUGAAAGGUGAAUCCAUUCCUAUUCGCCUUUUCCUGGCUGGUUAUGACCUUACAGCCACAAUGAGAGAUGUAAACAAGAAAUUCUCUGUGAGGUACUUUUUGAACUUGGUGCUUGUGGAUGAAGAAGAUAGGAGAUACUUUAAACAGCAGGAAAUAGUUUUGUGGAGGAAGGCACCCGAGAAACUGCGGAAACGGAACUUCCAUCAGCGCUACGAGUCACCUGAGCCUCGGCCAAGUCUCUCUGCUGAGCAGCCGGAAAUGUGAGCGGGGUCUGGAGAGCAACCAGCCAGGGACACACGUACCUCUCAGUGACCAGUCGCAGGAGAGGAGAACAUCUUCCACCCGAACAUACAUGCAGAUCGCUGUUCACAUGGUCACCCCUCACAGCUUAUGGUGAUAAACUGUGCCUGAUUUGGCUCUGCCCUCCCUGCCAUCUACAGCAAGCAAUCUGUUAGUAUAUAAGGACACUUUUUAGAAAGCACUGGAAACAAUAAUGUAAGUAAUAUAGCACAUCUUCAAGGUUGCACGCCUCCCUAGAUGAAGAAAUGUUUUUAAAAGUGCACUCACUGGUAUCCUCUAUGUUCCACAUCAUAGAGCGGAAACAUAGACCUAAACACAUUUUAAAGAGCUUUCUCAUGCAUGCUAGCUGGUGAAUCUGAGUUCAUAGUAACAGUUAAUAAAGACAAUGGGAUCCGUUUAAAAAAAA